UCUAGUCAGGUUACUGUGGCUCUGAGGAGCUUCUGCAAUUCGUCAUUCUUGGUUAUGUAUUGAAAUUUAAAAAAAUAAUGUUUUCGUCAACGAUAAUUUAAAUUUUCCAUGUUUGCAAUGAAAGAAUAAUGUCUUAUUACCUGCUCGUAAUAAUUAUCAUAAACGUACUCGCGAUCAAUAUUCACGGAACAGAAUAUGAUUAUAAAGUUGAUUGUAGUAACCUGCGAAUAGGCCAGUACAUUUGCCCGCAUCCAAAGUACGAUAUUAUUGACAGGAGCACUCAACAAAUUCGAGGAUGUACUAAAAAAAAUAAAGCUAAAGUUGACUGUUUAGCAGCGGAUGGUUUAAUAUGUUUGGAAACUUUGAAUAAUACUUUCAAAAAGGAAAUCCCCUGCAAAUGGACAAAUGGAUAUUCCUUUGAAACAUCGGUACUUCUAUCAGUAUUCCUCGGAAUGUUCGGGAUAGACCGAUUUUAUCUUGGAUAUCCAGCAUUGGGAUUAUUGAAAUUAAGUACUUUGGGAUUUUUAUUUAUCGGUCAAUUCUGCGACGUGAUUCUUAUAUCAACUCAAAUAGUUGGUCCUGCAGAUGGUUCACACUACGUAAUGCCAUAUUUUGGAGCGGAAAUCAAUCUUCUUUUUAGUGACAAUUUUACUUAUAAAGUACCGCAGCAAGAUUGGUGACAUGAUAAAAUUAAUAACUACACAAUUUAAUAUGGAAAUUAUUUUGUGCAAGUGAUCGGGAAUUUCGGAAUAAGUUUGAGGCUUGAAAACUUAAAAACUUUUGCGAAGUAGAAAAUUUUUUUAAUAAGAAAAUGUCUAUCUGAAAAAACUUCGACACGAUAGUGAUCGGAUGAGUGAAUACGUCGACCAGACUGCAGAUAAAUUAGAAUUAUAUUAAUAAAUUAUAACUAAUUAAUGAAAUAAAAUUAUAUAGAAAACAAUAUUCCGAACAAAUAUUAAAAAUAUUAAUAUUAAAAAAUAUUUAAUAUUAAAAAAUUGCAGGGGUAAUGAAGAUAAUUCAACUUCGAAUUAUAAACUGAAAAUUAAUGCAUUGGACAGCAUAACAAUCAGAAGAAUUUUAUUAUAAAAAUAUAUUUUUAUGCGAAUUGAUGUAUUCAAACUAACUUGUAUUGAAAAAAAAAAAAAUUAUUAAAUAAAAUACUUGUUACUUGGAAUGGAAAUCUCAUUAUUGA